CGUCUACCGAAUAUGAAAUAGAUAUUAAUACAAAGAAAGCAAAUGCUAGUUUAAAUGCUCCAAAGGAAGAUUAUGCUUCAAAUGAACCAAAUGGAGCGUCUACCGAAUAUGAAAUAGAUAUUAAUACAAAGAAAGCAAGUGCUAGUUUAAAUACUCCAAAGAAAGAUUAUGCUCCAAAUGAACUAAAUGGAGCGUCUACCGAAUAUGAAAUAGAUACUAAUACAAAGAUAGCAAGUGCUAGUUUAAAUGCUCCAAAGAAAGAUUAUGCUCCAAAUGAACUAAAUGGAG